AUGGCCAGUACAGAAGACGCUCUUCUUCGCAAGGAGGCUGUCAAACAAGCAGUGCCAGCUCUUGAUAGCAAUAUAGCAGUAUAUAACAGCAAGGCAGAGGGAGAUUCAAAGAAUGUUUCCACCGAAGAGUUCUUGAUCAUGGGUACUAUUGUGAUGUAUCACCAACUUAAAGCUGCUAUGUUAAAAGGAGGAAGGGCUGAUACAAAAUCCCUGAUUAUUGAUAAGGCUGACAACGCUAACAAUUUGGGCCAGCAGCUCAAAUCCAGCACAUGUUAUAAGCUCGACUCUAACCCUGAUGGAGACGAUUCCGAGGCUCGUGGCUCGUGGAUUAUUUUUAGCGGCGAUGUUGCCUGCGGGCCUGGCAGUUGA